GGAGAUGGGGAAAGAAGAGACAAUGGGUCAUAAUUAUCAUAAAAGUACGGAAAAUUUAAUUCCCUCCCAUUUCCUCCAAACACACCAGACCUAGCUAGUUAUCACCCUGAAUCUCAAUAUUACCGAGGAGGAAAGAGGAAACUGGAAUAACUCAUCAUCUAAGAAUCCUCCAUCCCCUUUCCCCUUGGAUAACCAGCUCAUGUUUCAACUUGUCUAUGCAGGUGAUAUAGGACCCAUGCCUACAGUUAAGCAGGCUUCUAGAACCCCUGACACAAGUAUUUGGAGCCCAGAAGCUGCUCUUAGUUUCCAGCUGAACACCAUUCAUUCACGAGUAUUUCUUCUCCGGUCAGAACCAAAACAAACUGAGCCUACGUCUCUCAUGUAACUUUGUUUGACGUGUUCCGGAUUACUAACAACUACCCCUCCCCCACAGCUGGAGGCUUUUUGACUUUUUUUUCCCCAGUGCACGCUCAAGUUUACAUAAGUAAAUCAAACAUGGCGAACCCGCUUACAGAAAUGCAAAUCAGAUCACUAAGUGGAACCGUGCUAUAGUCACUUCCUGCACAAAGCUCCCUUCUCCAUUUCACUUGCCGAACGCCCAUUUUAUAACACCGCGGCGGGAGGAGCUGGGCAGGAGCGGGGGAGGGGGCUGCGCCUCCGCCUUUUCUCUGGGAGGAUUGGCGGGAAGCGGCCAUCCCGCCCACCCGCCUGGCGGGACGCUUAAAGUGCGCCGGAGCAGCUGGGAACCCCUUGAGUUCCCGCUCGGCACAGCCAUGUCUACCCCCGCCAAGCGGCACUGCAAGAGCCCCGCCGGCUCCCUCGAAACCAGCUUCCAAAAACGCCUCAGGAAGAUUUCCAUCGAGGGGAACAUAGCUGCUGGGAAGUCAACGUUUGUCAAGCUGCUGGAGAAAAACAGCGAUGAGUGGGAGAUCAUCCCCGAGCCCAUCGCUAAGUGGUGCAACAUCCAGACAGCCGAGGAUGAGUAUGAGGAACUUUCAACAUCUCAGAAGAGUGGAGGAAACUUACUUCAAAUGCUCUAUGACAAACCCACAAGAUGGGCUUACACAUUUCAGACUUACGCCUGCUUGAGCCGAGUAAAAGCACAAUUAAAACCUGUCUCAGCCAAGCUACUUGAAGCAGAACAUCCAGUGCAAUUUUUCGAGAGAUCUGUGUACAGUGACAGAUACGUAUUUGCUUCUAACCUGUUCGAGUCUGGAAACAUUAAUGAAACAGAGUGGUCUAUUUAUCAGGACUGGCACACAUGGCUUUUGAAUCAGUUUCAAUCAGAUAUAGAACUGGAUGGCAUGAUCUAUCUCAGAACCACACCUCAGAAAUGCAUGGAAAGACUACAGAUGAGGGGAAGAGAAGAGGAGCAAGGAAUUGAGCUUGAGUAUUUGGAAAACCUCCACUAUAAACAUGAAACCUGGCUUCAUGAAAGGACUAUGAGAGUUGAUUUUGAAAACAUUAAGGAGAUUCCUAUUCUAGUUUUGGAUGUUAAUGAAGAUUUUAAGAAUGAUAAAAUUAAACAAGAGUACUUGACCGAUAAAGUCAAGUCGUUCCUGACUUCUUUGGAAGAUGAAAAUUAAUUCGAAUAAGUCAGUGAAGUUCACCUGCCAAUCUGUGUGUUCAACAAUUUAAACAAAUGUAUUACCUGUAUAGCUUAUUUUAAAACAACCCUGAAAUGUAAAAACGAAGUUGUUUAUUUUCCUCCUUGUCUGAGCUCUGUGGGUUUUGAUAGAUCUUUUUGUACAGCUAAAAAGAAUAAAUAUGGGGUGCUUUGAUAAUGUUUUUUUUUCCUGUACAUUCUCAGCUGUUUAAUAAAGAUUUUAAAAAUUCUAUUGCCUCUGGAGUUGCUCUCCCCGCAGGGGAACUCAGCAGUCGUCAGAGGCCGACACCCAGUAAACAGAUAGCAGGCGCUGAGCAGGAUUGUUUUGCAAUAACUGGCACGGGUUCACCAUUUUAAGACGAGACUGUUAUGGCGUCCAGAAACCUUUACUUUCAACUUCUGCUUUACUGAGUGGCCGUUUCCACCGGCUUUACGCUACUUAAGGCUGGACGUUAGAC